GAGCCCUCAGUCGCAGACUCUGUUCCUCUGUACUCCACGAGAGCAGACCGGCCAAGGCGCUCUGUGGGCAUGUCCUCCACAGGUUCAUCUCAUCUCGACGCUGCAGUGGGAUCCACAGAGGCCUCCCGUCCAAGUAGAAGGGCCAUAGCUCAGCCCAAAGAUCAUGCUGAAAUAUCAAGCUGGAACCCUGUUCAUCCCUCAUUCACUCUGGGUGCUCACCAGAGCCUUGGAUUCAUGGACAGUCAUGGAAGGAUGCAUUCAAUUUAUGAUGACUACCAAAAGUCUGCAUUCAGUGCUACUGGAAACUUGAUAAUUGCUGACGUUCAUCCAGGUGGUCUUUUUCUGAAAAUCCUGAACUGUGCCCUUGAAAAAGAGGAGAGCAUUGGGGACCAUCUCCUGAUGCAGAAUGUCCAAGGUCAACCAGUGGCGGUAUUCCGGUUUCCCCCAAAGAUCAGAAUGGCACCCGGCUCUGUUGUGACGGUUUGGGCAGCAGRUGCUGAAGUGCUUCACAAACCUCCCUCUGAUUUUCUAUGGAAGAACCUGGAGAGAUUCAGGACUGGCUUCAACUGUGCUACCAUUCUUUGUGAACCUAAUGGUCAGGCUGUUGCCUGGUAUAUUCCUCAUCAGUGUGGCAGAAGGCAGGGAUGGGGGUCAAGUGAAGAUAGGGAAAACUUGGAGAASAUCAUGAAACCAUCUUCCUCACCAUCAGAGCAGCAAGAGAAAUGGGAAAGGGAACAGGAACCUACGAUGAUGGACACAGAGUGGAAAAGGCCUGACCCCGGGCAAACAAGAACAAAAAGACAAAGCUUCAUUAAAAGGUAUCCAGCCUUCACUGAACGCACUCUGUAA